GUUUGAAUGCGAGAGUGGCGGUUAAAUUAAACAGUUCGAGACAGAAUCAAAAUAACCAGUAAGGCUUGUAAAUGCGCUUAUGAGACUUAAAGAAACAUGUCAUCUACACGUGGCUUGUCAAACCACCGAGCAGAUAGAUCCCCAUUCAGAGAUGUGCAGAAUGAACUGCUGAAUUUGCAGGACAAUCCAACUUUGUUGCUUAAACAUGCAUCAAAGCUUGAGAGGGUCCCCAAAAUGAAGCGUUGUGAUGUGCAAACCCUGAGCGGCACAACAGAUGUCUGUAGUGAUGCUCAAGCUGAACAUGCCACUGAUGAACAUCAAGAUGUCACAUUAAAAUCCUUUGUGUGUCUUGAAGGAGAAGUCAUAGUUGAGGAUGAGCCUAUAAUGUCAAAUGAGUCUGUUCUCAUCAAGCAUCUGACCAUGGAGAAUAUUCACCCACCUCAAAGGGACGCAAAUGAAACCAAUGAAGCAGAAGACAUGGAGGAUAAUCAGACCAGUGAACAGCAUGAUGAUCAUCCAUACUUUUGUGGGAGCAGAUCUACUGUCUCCGAGUUCUCCACGCUGUAUCAAAGGGAAGAGGUGUCCACCUGUGAGCUGGGAAGUGUCACAUUCAAAUCCCUCAUGUGCUCAGGUGUGGAGAUUGAGAUUUCAGAUAGCUCAGCCAUUGCUGAUGAAUCCUCUCUCACAAAUGCUCAAGCAUCAGGAAAUCAUUCACAAUGUCUUAGUAACAAUACCCCUGUUUCUAAAACAUAUGCGGAUGCUUUAUCAGUAGACCAACCGAUGGACCAUUCUUACUGUAAUUGGAAGAACCGUGUGUCUUUAUCUGGAGAUGGCACCACCAUCAGUACAGCUGAUGCUAUGUUGGACACCUCCGAGACCGCUAAUGAACACAAUGUCAGUACGGACUGUGAGCUUAUAAAUACAGCAAACCUAAACAAUUAUGGGCAUGCUGAUCUCUCUGAAAAAAGUAGACAAGAAGAGAUCACAUUCAAAUCCCUGUGUUGCUCUGGGAUUGAAAUAGAAAUGGGUGAUCCAUCCAAGGUUUCAGAAGCAUCUGUGUUUAUGGAGAACCUCGCUGAGGAGCAAAGUCGGCCAUGUUUAAAUGACAUCAGUGAAGAUGGUCCAAGCAUUGCUGCUUGGACUUCUGGAAGCGAACAAGUUGACCAUCUUUACUAUCAUGUAGAAGAAAAUGUAGAUCUAUUGAUGAAGUCACAGGUCCUAAAUAUGCCUGGAUCUGAACAUGAGCUCCGUACCAACUCGCAGCUUCUCUCAGCAAGUCUUCAAAGGAACAUGGAGUCUUAUGAUGGGAACAUUAGCAAGAAGAUGUCUGAAUCUGUCAUGUGCAGUCAAAUGGAAAUGGAAGCAUCAAAGAUGACUGACAGCCAACCGCCAAGCCAAUGCGUGUUGGCAUCAAGCCAUGGUGAAAACACUUUGAAAAUUUCAGACAUUGUACAAUUAAGUGACAGUAUUGAUCAACCCAACAGUGAUGAGGAACCCAAGGGGCCUAAUGAUGAUUUCUUUGUCAUGACUGAGAAAGCUAUCGAGGAACAUGUUGCUCCUCAUCAGCCUCUGCCAGUAAACAAAGAGGCAUUGUCACAUGCUGAGGAAAAUCCUGUAAUAUCUUGUUCUCAGGGUGCUUUUGCUGAAAAUGUUGGCCCAGAUAACAGCAUUCUCCCUAUUGAUAAACCCCAUAGUGACGCUAAACACACAAUGCCCAAUAAUGAUUCAUUUGUCAUGACUGAGAUUUCGGGGGACCAUGUUGAUCACCACCUGUCCAUGCCCGAAAGCAAAGAGGCAUUUUUGCAUCUUCAUAGUGCCUUUUCUGAAAACGUUGGUCAAGAAACCAGCAUUCUCAAAGAUAACGCACUGGGCUUAAAGGGAGAGAUUAUCCAUCCAGAGAUUGAAGUCAUGCGCCUGUGUGACCGUUCUGGUGAAACUCGCUCCGCUCAUCAAGAUCUUCCUGAUGUUAUUGCUCUAACUGGUCCGUGUACUCCUAAGGCAUCCACCCUAAGCAGGGGUGUUUUGGAUGACGUAUGUACAGAAAAUCCAUCGAGUCAUCUGUGGCCGGAGCUCUCGGAGAGUCCCAUGCCGCCUCCGCUGUUUAACUCGACAUCACUGGUAAAUGCGUUCAGCUACACACCAGGUCCUGCAGACCCACCCCAGAGGAAGGACAUGGAACCUAAAGUGGUGUUGAACGACCCUCCUGUGGUGGGCAACGGGCCUCUUCAGGUACAGCUCAGACAAAUGGCUGAACUGCUGAUGCUUGCUUCAGGAAAGGUGCUCGUUCCCAAUCCAACACCAGUGAAACAACACAAUGCUUUAGUGGGCACCUCUCCAGUAGAGAAGCAUAGCGCUUGUGUGUGGACCACCCCAGUUCAGUGGACGGAUAGGAGCAUUAACACUUCAGCAGCGAUGGAGAUUUUAAAAGUCGUUGAUGUUUCUGAUGCCAGCACUUCAACAGACUCUCUGCUUUGGAACCUGACCCCUGGGAAUCUGGAGCAUCUUUCCAGAUCAGAGUUGGAGCAGAGACUGACUUCCACGCUCAUCAUGGUGGAGGUUCUUUCUCAGCAGCUCACCUCUGCUCGGGCUCAUCAUCAGAGCAAAGACACUUCUCCAUCUGAUCUCCGAGAUAAACCAAUUCAGACAGACCACACAGAGCUCAGCCAGAAUGGGACAUACAGAGAUUUGUAUGUGGCCGCUCAGGAGAGAAUUCAGGGUCUUGAGCACGAUCAGGAGACUCUUCAGGGUUUACAUGACAGCAUUCAAGCGAUGAGGGUUGGGAUGAAUUCAGUUAAGACAUGCACAGAGGAUGCCAUCUUCACGAUCAAACAGAUUGGAGACAUUGUAAAUGUGGAUCAGGAAACUUUAUGUACUCAGGUCUGUCAGAUGAAGUCUCUGUAUGGAAGGUACCGAGAAACACUCCAACGGAUGGAGCAGAAGAUGAAAGGCAUGAGACAGCAAAUGGACAAUGCUCUACAGGAGAAGGAAGCGGCCUUCAGUGUAACGCAGCAGUUGAGGGAGUAUCAUGCAGCUCAGGUGGCAGAACUAGAACACAAUGUCGGGUCUCACCAGGAACUGAUGUCAGCCCUCACGCUGGCCUACCCAUCACUGGUUGAACUGAGCAAGUCAUACAUGGAGUCUUUCAGUGCUGCAAACGUCCUAUUGAGAAGGAAACAUGAAGAUCAUGUGAGCUUGAGGGAGGAGCUGAGAAAAGCUCAAGUGCUGGUUCAGAGGAUGAACCCAGUGCUUCACCAGCUCCAUCAGAAGGCUGCAGCCGCCAUGGAGGAGAGCAAUCAGCAUCUGACCAUGAGAGACAGAGCCGUACAGGAGAGAGACCUGAUGGAAAGUGAACUAGAGCAAACGAGGUCAAGCUUGCAAGAUGCCAGUGAACAGAUUGCAGACUUGAACAUGCAGCAGACUAUCUUGACUUCAGAGAUGUCAGUGCUGAGGGAGCAGCUGAAUGAGGCAGAGGAGGAGCGCGCUCAGCUGCAGAGGAGAAGUACUGAGCUCUCGGCCACGGUCACGUCCACUCUGGCCUCUUACGCCUUCUUAGAACAGACCCUCGCCUCUGAGAACAGCAAGCUGCAGCAGUCAAUGCAUGACACCCAGCAAGCCACUGACAGAGCAAACUGUCUUGAGGCAGCAUUGGAGAUGUCCAGGAAACAGAUGGAGGAAUAUGAGGAAGCACUGUCCCAGAGAGAAACGCUGGUUAAAGAACUCCAUUCAGACGCUGAGAUUCAUCGCCGUCAGCUUGUUCAACUGGCUCAACUGCAGACUGAGCUGUCCAGUACCAGAGAAAUGAGUGAGUUCCUGCAGGCAGAGCAUGAAAUGGCACGGGAGCAGAUGGAGGAAAGUGAGAGAUUGCUGCGGUGCCACCUACAGGGCCUCCGAGAAAGAAACCUGGAGUGCGAGGACCUCAAACUUGCUCUGGAACAACAGCGGCUUGAGAAGGACUCUCUUCAGGAAGAGCUGGAAAGCACACAAGAGAAAGCCCGCAGCAUGCUGCUGGAACAAGGGGAGCAGCUGGCGCAGGCAUCUAAUAACGUCAUGCUACUACACCAUAGAGUGUGCUGUCUCACUAGCGUCUUAAAAGAAUCCCUCACUACCAAGAAGUCAGAGAGCUCCGAUUCGACACUCCAGUCUCUCCGACAUCCCUCCAGCUCUUUUGUGGAUUCCAUAAUGGUGGCCAUGAUGAAGAAACAGGAUCCUGAAACGGAGCCUCCGAUGGGUUCAGAGGAGAGAGAGAUGCAGCAUGACAGCAUCGGCAGUGAAAGUAGUGCUUUUACCCGAAUACCCCCGACUACACACGCAGAAGUGAAAGAGGAGAAAGAGAGCUGUGUGUUGAAACGGUUGUCUGAUCUUGGUGAGACGGUCUCGGAUCUUCAGGAAACCAUUAACCAGCUGAGAAUCCUGAAAGACUCGGAGCAGCUGACACUGCAGCAGACCAUAUGUGACCUGCAGGAGGCACUGCUGUCAGCGUCUCAGACACACAUGCUGGAGGUCUUGGAGCUGAGGCAGAAUGUGGACCGACUGCAGGCUCAGGUGGAGAAGGACGCUGCGGUCCUGCUGCAGAAAUCUCAGGAAGAAAAGCGCUUGAGGAAACUCUGCAGUGAGUUAGAGGAAAAUACGGAAGCCUCUCACAAAUACAGAGCAGAGAAUAGUGAGUUGCGCCGAGAGGUUGGGGAUUUGCGUCGAAUGGAGCUGCAGGCGCGAGUGGAGGCUCAGGUCCUGAGGGAGGAACUGAAGCAAACAGGUGUCCAAUCAGCAGCCAGCACAAAUGCAUUAGAUGAACGAAUCAAACUCCUUAGAGAGGUUGAGAAACUCAAGGCAAAUUUAAUGGAAACUGAGGAAAAUCGUGCUAAGGUCCUGGAGAGGGCGAAAAGACACCAAAGGGUCCACGCCAUGAACCAGAGCAAACUGGAACGAGAACUGCAUCUGCUUGAUGAUAUGAUCGAGACAGUGAGACAGACGUUGUCUUCUAUUCCUGAUCUUGUCAAGAGCUGUCCUGAACUGCAGAAACUCCUAGAAUUCCUCGGAUGAGUUCUUAAAAAUGUCAAAGUCAGUUUCUUGUUUUUAAACGUAUAAUUGUUGAAUAAAUUGGUUUCUGUUUUUCUACUCAGACGUUUUAAUUUAAUUGAAAUGUAAAAAAAUCAAGUUUUGUUUUAUAAUAUGCCACAAACUGGUGUACGGCUCAAAAAUAAAAUUUGGUAAAAAUAUUUGCACGUGUUCUUUGUCCAUAACGAACGAUUCGAAAUGUUUCCGUCAGAUUUCUG